UGUGAACAUCAUCCAAUUUACCUGAAAAUUACAUUGUGUGUUCUACACAUGACAUAGAGCAAUACAAUAUUUUAAUAAGUAAGACAUUUUAUUUUCUCAUAAGUUACAACAAGUGUUGUAAUGAGCCAUCAAUCUGGAUCUAGCGUUGCUAGUGCCAUUAACAAGCGGUGCUAGCGGUGUAACUUUACCAAGUGUGCGGGAGAGAGAGAGAGUAUGUGUGACGGUGACUUGAUGAACAUUGUGUGCACAGGUUAGUUGUAGGUGAAUAAAUGCUAGAACUCUUCAAGAUCUAAACCAACUUCCUGUUUCUUGCUUGCCACCUGCGACACGGGUUAGCCCAGAAUAUAGCAACAACAACAGCCCACGCUCGCUUAAGGUGGGCUGACCUUUAAGGUGGACCAACAAUUCUCAUUUUAGUGACAAGCUGGACCAGACCUCUAACAACAGAGGUCUAUUUUUAUUAUUUGAAAUAAAAAUAAUAGAUUGUCUAUCAUUUCUGGAGGAGCUCAGUAAUUACAUUGCUUUUUUUUUUCUUUUUUCUUUUUGGAGGUGAUAUAAAUGUAACUGAUGGUUUUAAAUCGGCAUGUAAUAUUGUCUCAUCGAUCACAGGCCCCUGAAUCUAAUCAAAAUCGGAUCAUGGCAGACUAUCACUUUGUUGUCCAACGAAUGGCUGCGUCUUCCUCACAGUUUGCUCCAACUCUAAAGAGGCGACUGUAUUUCACCUUUUACCCUGUGCCUUUGAAAGCAGUCUGGUAUCAGACACAUGUGGCUUUUUUAUUGGCAUGAAGUUGCAUUUUAAGGUGAAGGCCCCUGCGCAUUGGCCUGGAAGCCAGGAGGGAGCCCUUAUUAGCUUGUCAUCCUGUUGUAACUCUGAGGCCAGUGCUGUGACUGGAAUGUGAAUUCGCCAUAAAAGGACGGAAUUUGCCAUAAAAGGACGGACUCUACCCAACAAACUCAGGGAAUCUUGGCAGACUUUGAUAGGCAGCUGACUGAGCCAAUGACAAACUUUGAGGACAUUUAAAGCACGUCCGCAGGGUCCUCCAGUCAAACGACUACGUGCAUGUGAACCCGGAUGAGCACCAGCACUGUUGCUUGCCCUGUGAGAAGAGGACGCCCCCCCUCCCUGUUAGAGAGCAGGAGAGUCGACAUGGACAUCGUCUCCUGGCUUGUCUGCCCUCUCCUCUUCCCCCUCCUCUUCGUCCUCCUGUCCUCCCUCCCCUCCUUUUCCUCCUCCAUGCUGUGUCCGAAGCGCUGCACCUGCCAGAACCUGCUGCCGUCCUACACGGUGCUGUGUGCCAAGACGGGCCUCCUUUUCGUCCCGCCCAACAUCGAUCGCCAGACCGCCGAGCUCAGGCUGAUGGACAACUUCAUCACAACGCUGAGGCACCGCGACUUCGCCAACAUGUCAAGCCUGAUCCACCUGACUCUGAGCAGAAACACCAUCAGUCAGAUCCGGCCGUAUGCCUUCGCUGACCUCCAGGACCUCCACGCUCUCCACCUAGACUCCAACCGCCUCACAAAUCUGGACGACUCCCACUUCCAGGGCCUGGUGAACCUGCGGCACCUCAUCCUGGCCAACAACCAGCUGCACAGCAUAUCAGAGGGAGCCUUUCAGGACUUCUUGGAGACUCUGGAGGAUUUGGACUUGAGCUACAACAACCUGGUGGACAUCCCCUGGGACACCAUUUCCCUGCUGGUCAGCGUUAACACCCUCAGCCUCGACCAUAACCUCAUUGAGAACGUCCCUGAGGGAAUCUUCUCCAACCUGCACAAACUGGCCAGACUGGACAUGACAUCCAACAAGCUAAAGAAGAUUCCUCCAGACCCAUUGUUCCUGCGGAUCCCGGUGUUCGCUAAGAUGAAGGGUUCUCCUCUCACGGCGCUGGUGUUGAGUUUUGGUGGGAAUCCUCUGCACUGUAACUGUGAGCUGGUCUGGCUUCGCAGACUGACCAGAGAGGACGACCUGGAGACCUGCGCUUCACCUAAGGACCUGGCUGGCAAAUACUUCUGGACCAUUAGAGAGGAGGAGUUUGUUUGCGAGCCACCAAUGAUAACUCGUCACACCUCCAAGAUGUUUGUGAUGGAGGGUCAGGAGGUCAGCCUGCGCUGUAAAUCCAUCGGAGAUCCUGAGCCUUCAACACAUUGGGUCACUCCUGAUGGAAAGCUGAUCGGCAACACGUCCAGAACCAUCUGCUAUGAGAACGGUUCGCUGGACAUCCUCAAGGCCUCAGUCAAGGAUUCUGGAAAGUUCACAUGCAUAGCAUCCAAUGCAGCCGGAGAGGCCACCGCUCCUGUUGAGUUAGUCGUCAACCCAUCACCACACUUUGACCCUAAACUGGACCCUGACCCGGGGCCUUCGGACAUCCCCACGUCUAUCAAGUCCAACGUCAGUGGAGGUCAGGCCCGGUCCGACCAGCAGAGGGUCAGUGUGUCGGAUCUAGCGUCCGGUUCUGCUACCAUCAGAUGGCCCCCGCAGAACCACAUACCAGGAGUCCGCAUGUACCAGAUCCAGUACAACAGCUCCACAGACGAUAUCCUCAUAUACAGGAUGAUCCCAGCCAACCACAAGUACUUCCUGCUGAGCGACCUGGCGUCAUCACGGGACUACGAGCUGUGUGUUUUGGCCGUCUACGAUGACGGCAUCACUGCCCUUACAGGCACUAAGCUGGUGGGCUGCGUGUCCUUCACUACUGAGACGGAGUACGGACGCUGUCACUCCAUACGAGACCAGUUCCUGGGAGGUACCAUGAUCAUCAUAAUCGGGGGGAUCAUUGUGGCCUCUGUUCUUGUCUUCAUCUUCAUCCUCCUGAUGAAGUACAAGCUGCACAGUAACCACUACAAACAGAAAGCUGCCGCACGCCAUGCCAACGUCUGCUCCCAGACCAAUGGAGGGGGAGGAGGGGGACCCAACAUCCUCACUGGGCCCCCAUCCUCCUCCUCAGCAGGGCAGGGUGGUUGUGCUAAUAAAAACUCCCAACCGUCAUCGUCAACAGAGGGGAUGGGAGGAGUUUCCAUUCGAGGCACAACUGUAGUGGACUUAAAUCCCACCCAGGACGAUGACGCCAUCUCCCAAUAACACACAAGAAACUGUCAAUCAACUCACCAAUUUCUAAGCCCAAAUCAAUACUCCACAUCCCUCCCCCUUUUUUUGGAAUUGUUUUGUUGUUGGUGCCUGGAGUCAAACUCCACUUUACGCUGAGGAGCGGCUCCUGUCAUUGAUUUACUUACAUUCAGCUUCACAGCGCUGGAGGGAGAGGAGGCGGGAGAGGUGCCCCAGUGGGUUGCAUGGUCACAUCCUUCUAAUGAGCCCCGAUCAUCAGGUAUUCGAGCCAGAGACACCCACCCUCCUUCUGAUGCCACCUCAUACCAGAACCAGAUGGGAUGUUAUGGGAACAGCCAGAGGAGGGUAAACUGUUGGCAUGCAAAAGUCUCUCCACACCGCCUGACCUUUUGGAUACAGGUCAGGCUUCAGGCUUUGAACCCUGCAUCAUGUUCGGUGCUUAGCUGCAGCUCGAAACCUCGGAACAGAGCAAUCGAAGUGAACACUGUCUGGAAUCUCUUCUCUUCUGAAGGAAGUGUUAAAUGGUGUCGCAUGGAUUUAGCCUCUGCAUUUGACAGUUAGACUCCAUGCGGACACUAAAUGCUGCUCUGGGAAUACACUGAACGGAUUACUGAAUUACAGAAAACCCCUUUUAUGACAUUUUUCAGGAUCUUCUAGGUUUGUUGCUGGUUUGGUGGCCCCUCUCCUCUCUUUCCCCAGCAUACAGUCAUAUGCCAAAGGAUUACUACAGUAUUAUGACAGUAUUAUGACAGCAUUAUUUGAUUUCGGGAGAAUAUGCAGACUUCCAAAAAGCACACCUCUCUAUUAUCUCUCAGCAGUCAAAGAGAACAUUCAUAUUGGGCCUUGGAUUGAAAAUACAAGCACAUUGUCAACGUUUUGUCUCAAAGCAUCAAUAAUAACAGACUGUCAAACUAAACGGUGAACUUCUGUGGCACUUUAAUGGUAUGUCUUUACGUUCUCACUCUCUCUUUCUCUCUCUGUCUCUCUCUCUUUCUUUUUCAUGAACAACUGAAUAGUAUACUCUCCUGUAUUAUCAAUCUAACUCUUCUGGCUGCGAAUGAUUUAGAUAAUGUUGAAAAAUGAUGUGUGUUUGCGUCCAUGGUGGUUUGAUUCUCUCUAUGUCGGAGUAUUAAAAAAAAAAAAAAAAAAACUGGUGUCUUGAGAGUGGAGCCUUGAGGGAACUCCUGCAAGCCAAAC